AUGGCCAUGGGCGACGCCCUGGCGGUUGAGGUGGCGCAGCAGUCUCAUCACACCGUGUUGUCAUCAUUAGCAAACGCAAUGAGGCCUACGGAGAUUGCAGCAUAUCGCUCACCUUAUCCUCGAGGUGACACGGCUGAGUACCUGGCUGUGGAUGAUCACCUAGUUGCCCAGAAAGUCAUAUUUCCCGAGCUCCGCUCCCAUACCUUCAAGAGAGACUCUGAGAUCUUCCGUGACGCAGAGCGUGCGUGCACUUCAGUUCGCUUGGUGCAGCAUCCGAAAAAACGGAAGCGCAAUGAGACCUCUGGGGUGUACUUGGGGGCAGAUGUUGACGGCGUAGCCGGGCUGGUCUCUGCGCCGAGGCAUCGCAUCGGUGUUCUCAUGUUGAUCGCUGCCGAAGUGGUGCGCCGCGGGAGCUGCUCUGCCAGUUUUCUGUCUUCUUUGCUUGGGCUCUGGGUCCACGUCCUCCUUUUUCGGAGGCCUGCAUUCUCGCUUCUUUCCAUCUGUUUCCAGGAAGCUUGUCACGUGCCUCGUGACGAAGUCUUCCGUUUGGACCGGCGUGCAUUGAACGAACUGCAGUCGCUUUCCUUGCUUGCACCUUUGCUUCAAGCAGACCUACGCGUGCAAUACUUGCCUCACAUCUAUGCGAUGGACGCAUCGCCCAGCGGUGCUGGGAUAUGCGUCGCGGACGUGCCAACCCAUGUAUCCCGGGAACUAUGGCGGCACACAGAGCAGCGCGGUUACUACACUAAACUGGAGUCACCCGCCGCGGCCUUGCUGCGAGAACAGGGGCACAACUGCGAAGCUGUUUUCGGCCCUCCCGAUGCAUCCGCUGCUCAGUUGAUGUCAGGUUUCGUUGCACCUGUGCCCAAGCACUUGGCGGAGGGUUUGAUUUACGACACGGUUGAGGUGUUCUCCGGUGAGGGGAACUGGUCUGCUGCACAUCGUGCAGCUGGCCUCGAGACUCAUCCGGGCAUAGACAUCGCUGGCCGCAAUCUCCGUGUCAUGGACAUCCUGGAUGAUGCCGUUUUUCAUGAAGUGCUGAGCUUGGCUUUGCGCCGUGUCGUCCGUGAGUGGCAUGGCGCACCACCUUGCCUGACCUUCGGUUCUUCGGUGAUGUUUUGCCUGCGCAUCUUCGGCGUGCUUGCCUCGCUCGGAGCGGUCCUGACACGCUUUUGUUGCUGUUCGUACGGAUCUCCUUUCAUGAAGCCGAUGCAGUGGCUGCGCAACAAGCCUUGGCUAGUUCCGCUGGCCGGUAGGUGCUCGUGCGCGCAUAAGAACAGGCACUUGGUUAUACAGGGUUCUUUCUCUGCUGAGUACCUUGCCGAGUUCAAUGCCCGUUGCAAGCCUUCUGCCACCGCUGUGUUCGGCCGGGAGCCGAGACUGGGCGAGCCAGUUGCUGCCUUCUCAGCGUCGUACCCGUUGCCCUUGUGCCACCGCAUGGCGGCUUCCGGCAGUCGCCAGGCGAAAGAGGGCAGUUGUGCUGUGCUGCCUCUCUCCCUCCGUGCCUCGGCUGUCACCGCCUUGUCAACUGUUUCUGCUUGCGAGUUGCCUGACCUUAGCGAAGUUGAGGCUGAGCAACGGCUCUUUCAUGACGAUCCUGAGUGGAUCAAUGAUCUAGCCGAAUCUUUGUCCUUCCGCGAAGUGCUCAGGUACAAGUUUGCGAGGCAGAGUCACAUCAACGUUCAGGAAACUCGCACCUACAAAACCUGGUUGAAAUACCUGUGCAAGCACCACCGUAGGUCACGUGCUGUUGGCCUGAUCGACAGUCGCGUGUUGCUUGGCGCGUCAGCCAAAGGGCGCUCCAGCAGUCCGGCUCUUGCUCACGUUCUUCGCACGGCCUUGCCGUACAUUCUUGGAGGCGGUUUGUACCCUGGGGGUUUGCACGUGUACUCGGCAGCCAACCGCAGUGACGGUCCUUCCCGAAACCGUCCCGUCGACCCUCCCUCCAAGCCUGUGCCGCUUUGGUUUGACCGCCUGUGUGAAGGGGACACUUACCUCUUCGACGUGUGCCUUGCAGCCUCUGCCGUUCCUAAGCAAGCAGCGCGGUGGCUUCGCUUUUUGCUGCUGCUCGCUGGCGACAUAGAGCGUAAUCCCGGCCCGGCGCCUGUGCCUCGGGGUCCUCUCGACUUGACGUCCGGCUUUGCAGCUUCCACGAGGCACAAAAUGCACAAAAGCCUUGAAGCCUUUGCUCUUUGGCUCCGCGAGGAGCUCGGGCUGGCAUUGCACCAGGCCUUGUCUUCUGUGUCUGCUGCCGCACUGGCUCUUAGGGGUUACGGUUUGCACUUGUACGCGGCAGGCCUGCCGCGGUACCUCCUUGUCUAUGCCAUCACCGCAGUUCAGGACGCCUGCCCUGAGUAUCGGAAUCAUCUCACGCCUGCCUGGCAAAUUGAUAAAAAGUGGCAGCACGCUGAACCCGGCGAAUGUCGCCCAGUCAUCUCCCAGCCUAUUCUUCAAGCCGCUGUUAGCGUAGGGUUGCUUUGGGGCUGGGGUGAUUGGGUUGCUGUUACGCUUAUAGGUUUCGUGUGCAUGCUGCAUCCUGCAGAGUUGAUUGCCUUGCACCGCCGUGACUUGAUUCUGCCAGCUGACGCCAUGACUUGUGAUCGCAUAGCAUAUGUGCAUGUUCGUAAUCCUAAGACGGCAAGGUUUGCCCGCCGCCAGCAUGCCCGGCUGGACGACGAACUUGUUCUCAGAUUCAUCGAAGCUCGCUUCGGGACGCUGCCCUUGACUGACAAGCUUUUCAGAGGUUCCAUGCAUACUUACCGUAGGCAAUGGAAUGCGAUUAUGCACCACCAGGGUGUUCCUCAUACUCAGGCAGCCAAAGGGGCCACUCCCGGAGUGCUUCGGGGUUCCGGCGCGACUUUCUUGUAUCUUGAAACAGAAGACGUUCAGCUGGUGGCAUGGAGGGGACGGUGGAGCAAACUCAAGACAGUUGAGUUCUACCUCCAGGAGGUAGCUGCUCAGCUGCUGCUCCAGCAGCUGUCAGCAACGUCGCGGGCCAAGAUAGCCAUUCUGCGUAAGUAUGCUUCUCGCCUCGUGGCCCUUCACUCAAAUCCUCUUGAUCCCGCGUAA